GGCAAUAGGCCGGUGGCGCUUUUGGAAGAGGAGUCCGAUCCGCAAAAGGCCGAAACCACCGCCGCGGAUGUCCACAUCGCCGACGCAACUUGGCCAAGACGCCGUGAUGACUGACGUGCUAGCUCAAGGCAGAGCCGCCUGCUACAAGGCGCGGGACGCCUUCUAUGCCUGCUUGGAGGAGAAGGCGGCCGAGAAGCCCACUGAGAUCGCCACUGUUGGCCUCCUCUACCCUGCCGACUGCAAAGCUGCCCGGGCAGAGUUCGCCGCCAAGUGCCGCCCCACCUGGGUGAAGCACUUCGAUCGGCAGUAUUGCGCUAAGAAGCGGGUGCGAAGGCUUCUUGAUGAUGAAAAUGACCCUCGCCGUGGUCCCAUCUCACUCCCUCAGACCUCCACAUUCAAGCCCUAGUUCAAUUUUAUCAAUUUUUCUGUUUCAUACCCCAAAGAAAAACUUCAAUUUCCUUUAUUUGAAAAUUAUUUCAAUCUAGUGAUGAUGUUGGGAUGCCUAUGAAAACUGUUUUUUGCAAAUUUUCUUGAGCUUCAUAAAUGCA